AUGCUCUCCAACGACCCCCUCUUACCCCCCGACCCUAUAAGACCAUAUGUCAAACCCACUCCUGAAAAUACACACGGAGGGAAGACCUACACUCCGACUCACCCGGGGUUAUUCCAAGUCGACUUUGGGCCGAGGGACGAGGGAGAGUAUUCCAGUCGUCUCAUAGCGUGUCGUGACUUUUCUCCGGGGGAAAUCGUGGCUUCGUUGGACAAUGCUAGCUUGGCGAAUGAGAAAGCAUAUAGUUCUGUUCAGUUUGGACCGGGGGUAGGGGAUCAUUUGGAAUUAAACUCGGAUCUCUUAUUCAUGAACCAUUCUUGCUCCCCUAACGUCAUGAUGGAUCUCACUGGUCAAGCGGAAAAAUGGUGUGUCCGAGCUUUAGAUAAAGGCGUGAAGAAAGGUGAACCACUCACAUUCUUUUAUCCUUCUACGGAAUGGGAUAUGGCACAAGGGUUCGAAUGUCAUUGUGGGGCGUCUGACUGCUUGAAGACUAUCACUGGCGCGAAAUCUCUCUCCUUAGCAGCGUUAGAACGUAGGGGCGGUCUGAGUGAACAUAUUCGGAUGUUGAAAGAAAGACAAUUGUCAUCAGAAGGACGAUAA